GUUCCCAUUACUGAAUCCAUCUACCUGAUGAUGAUGAGGGAUGGUGUGACGUUCCUGUGUGGAAUCCCAGGAAUACAAAGGACGGGGACAUCUCUCUGGUGGGUUCCCAUUACUGGAUCCAUCUACGUGAUGAUGGACAGGUACAUCUCUCUGGUGGGUUCCUAUUACUGGAUCCAGCUACCUGAUGAUGGUGAGGGAUGGUGUGACCUUCCUGUGUGGAAUCCCAGGAAUACAGAGGACGGGGACAUCUCUCUAGUGGGUUCCCAUGACUGGAUCCAUCUACCUGAUGAUGGUGAGGGAUGGUGGGAUCUUCCUGUGUGGAAUCCCAGGAAU